ACGAACCCAAACAAAAGCACAUGUAAAGCAACGACAGGUCAUCCCAGCACGCAAGCCCGAUCAGCUGACGGACGGCAAUCAGCUGAUUGGACCGCCGCUCGAGAGGGCCCGGAAUAAGAGGAAGCAGAUGUUACCGACGACGAAAUCCCUCUCGACAAACGCACUCUUUGAUGACCGAAGAUGGUGAAACGAAAGCCUUCCGACGAAGAGUGGGAGAGGGAGGAAUUGGCUGUCCCUCUCCCUAUCCAGACGUUUUUAUGGCGUCAGAGCAGUCCUUUCAUCCGACCGAAACUUGGCAAACUCCAUGAAGCAACAUGUAUGGAAAUCAAAGAAGCAUCAAAGUCCCUGGAAAAAGUACUGGUCCAGAAUAUCCUCUUUGGCCUGAGUCCUUCGCUGACAGACGCUAUAAAGAGCAUUCCCAGAUGGCGCUUCAUCCAGGCAGCGGUACCACACGUCAUGCACUGCGCCGCCUCGCUGCUCUAUAACAGACGCGAAUCGACCAUCACCAACCUCGGCGCGGCAGAGACUAAACUCCUGUACACGCUGCACUGGAUUGUCCUCGAUGCCGCCGAGGAGUGUGCCGACGCCGACCACGAGAAGGGACUCAACAAGGGCUCCACGCUCACUUAUAACUUCUCUGUUACAACUAUACAGGUCUUCAUUUACCUGUUCGCCCCGCUGCUGCACACGCUCAAGGAAUCGGACUUUCAGAAUUUUCGACUGGAGAAUGGCCUGAAGAUAUGGUCUUCGCUGUGGGAAUACAGGCACCCUGACGUCCCGGCUUUUACAACGGCAGUUAGGCCUAGGAGGCAGGUUCUCAGAGCCAAGAAAGUCCGCAGGUCCAACACCCAGUUUGGCGAUGUGUUCCUCGGUGGUGGUGGAGCUGUGGCACCAGACGAUGACAACAUGCUCUUCCUCAUUAAUGGCGGAAAGAGUCGCUCGAUCACUCCACCUCCAAGUGAUCCCACUUCCUCAUCAACACAAGACUCAAGAAUUGCUGAUGCAGCCAAGUUGGAGGAGGAACUUCGGCUCCUGAGUGGGACUCGAGAGGCAACCUUUCCCGAAACCAUCCCUGAGGAGACCUCCAGCACUGAGGAAGAGCAUGUGGUGAUAUUCAGACUUGGAUCCUACCCAGACAAUGAUGGCAAGGAAUCACAUGUUUACAAGGCUGAGCACCCAUCCUCAUUCCUCCGGCCUCCUAUUGUGGAAGUAAGUGAUGCGACAUCCCCAACUCAGCCACCCUCUGUUGCAGCUUCCACACCCACAGAAUCGCACACUCCUCAUCUUCUAGAGGCCAAUGGGUCAGCUAAAACCAGCAUUUCAGCUGCAGGAGCCAAGCCCAAUUCUCUGACUGACCCAACUCUGGCGACCUUCUUAGACGUGGCUGUUCUCCGCUGCCUCUUUGUCCCACAGUGGAUGGAGGAAGGUGUUUUCUGGGCCUUGAACUUCAUCUUGAGGAGGCUGCAAGACAUCGGGGAGGAGACAGGCCAUACUGUACCUCCGAGGCGCCGCAGCAACUCCCUCCCAAUCCCCAAGAUUCAUGUGUCACUGCACUGCGACCAGGUAGAGGAACGGAAGGGCAAGGAGGGCACCGAGCAAAGCGAUCAGUCUUCAUCCGAUAAUUAUAUCAGUGACUCUCCAUUCUUAUCAGACCAGUACUGUCCGCAACAAGAAGGUCUGAGCACAAGUGGAGGAAGCACAAGGAAAAAGAAGAAGCUGAACGAGCUGAAAGCCUUUGUGGAGACGAAAUUGAGAUCAUGCUCAGAGAAAGCCCUUGAGAAAAUAGGUCAUGACGACUCAAGGAGAUCAUCCAUCUCUGAUGAUCAGCAAGGGGGAGCAGGUGAUUUUGGUGGCAGUUCCUGGGGAGUAGACGGGGAGCAGAAAUCACGCCCACACUCAGCUCUUGAGAAAUUUGUUGAGGAUCGCCACCAGCCAUGCCUCCCCUCACCACGAUUCCCCCCAGUGGGUCUUGUGAAAGGCAAAAGCAUGCCUUCUCUGAGAUCAGACACCAAGACCACUUCAAAUGAGUUAAAUUACAGGUACGUUGGUGAGGGCAGGCCAGACAGACGAGGCUUUCCACAAAUGAUUGGCACAACUCACCCCAUUAUCACAGUCACUCAGCAUACUCCAUCUCCAAGUGAACAUGGCUGGCGUGACCAGGGUUCACAGAGCGGGAGUAUGGAGGGUCAGAUCAUCUACCAGCGGCCUCCCUUGUCACGCUCCCAGACAGAUUCCAACAUCCAGUACUCCCAUGAAGAAACUGUUGAAGCGCCAGGCUCUACACACUACAUUACACGGGAUGGCCAUAUCAAUCUACAAGUUUUACUGAAGGCAGCACAUUCAGUGUCCCAACGAGAUGCCCAUGUGUGCUCUCUCCGUGUGUGUGAGAUCUUGUUGCAUCUUCUGGACUUCCUUUUGGACCUCGGCCUUUUGAAGAUAACCAAGCGCUUUGAGAAGAUUGAUAAAGAUGAUGACCAGAGUGAGGAGGAAGUCAAAGUGCAGAAAGAGAAGGAGCAGAACCCACAUUUUGUUUUUAUGGAUACCAUCAUCAGAAUCUACCGUCAUCUAGGAUGUCAACAUGGGUGCAAUGAAGGCCAUCGUGGACCACCAGCUGACUUUUUACGCCAUACAGGACAGGCUUUAUUGGGGCGUCUUUGUCGUCAUGACCAGAGUGCUUUCAGAAGGUUCCUCAGAGUGUUUGUGAAGACAAGACCAAUGCCAGAGAUACUGGAAUUCUUUCAUGCAUUCCUUGGAUUUUGUGUUGAUCCUGGGUCACUACUCUCACCUAUGAGCCAAAAGAGAACAGGUUCAGGGAAAACAGUUGAUAACCAACAGGGAGGCUAUGCAACCAACUUUGGUUCAUCCCUUGGUGGAGCUGGCUCUAGGGGCAUUGAGGGGCAGCUUGUUGCUUCAGUAUUUAAGGCCCUCGUUUCUCGAUUUGUCAAGUCUAGCAAGGAACUAAAGAAUCCAGAGAAUAUGGCUGUUUACUGUGAUGUUCGGCAACUUGUUGGAUACAUCCAGGAGGGACAUGGAGGAGUGUUUAGAAGGGUCGCUCUCUCGGGUCUUAUUGAUUCCGCUGAUCGUCCUCACAAGCAAGCUCAGAAGAUACAGACAACAAGGGUUGUUAGACGUGUUACUGUGGAGGACGAUACAUGCCGUGACUCCCCAUCAACAAUGGUAGAUGAAGGGAUUGAUGUCAUUAAAACCAAAAAGGGUCUCUUCAAAAAGAAGUCAGCAGCAACAAUUACCUCAGCCAUCAAGAAAGCUCCGUCAGUUGGCAGUGUUUAUGAUGAUCAGCAAGAGGAUUCUCCGGGUGGCCAAAGUCCCGCAUCAACGUUGCGUCGCCGCCAUCACCCAAUGAUGAUGACCCGACAACCAGAGCAUGAUCAUCUUGCACCCAAUGCUCAUCCCAAAGGCAGACGUGUUUCCAAGUUAGUAAACUGGCUCCGAGGUCGCAGUAUGGAGGGGGAUAGUCCAUUUGCUGGUGACCCAUUUGAGCUGCCUCCUGCCCUGUCAAGGAGGUUGUCCCAUGGAAUGUCACACAGUAUAUCCCAUGGCCUGUCCCAUGGCCUUGCCCGGCCAAGGCUAGUCACCAAGCCAGGAGCAGGCCCAAUGAGUAUGAAGUUAAUGCAGGCAAGGAGGACAGUUGAGGACCACAUUGGUAGAAUUGGAUUUGGCAAAAGGAGCAGGAAAAGAGACUGCAGUUAUGAUGAGACUCCUGAUCCUAGCAGAAGAAACAGCCUUGAUCUUGAGGGGGGUGUGAGGGAAGCCAGCGUCGUAUUAGUAAGGGAGAGAAAAUUAGUUCCUGUAAAGUUUGUGCAGAACGGAAUGAUGAGGUUCAGUUUCCUACUUGAGACGUGCCAGCCAGGAACUGUUCCAGACCCACAAUUGAUUGCUGCUGUUUUGGACUUGCCCAGUGCUCCAGUAGUAGCCCGUGCAGCAUUCCUGAUGGAGGUGUGCCACUUUGUGCAUCGCUGUAAUCGUGGAGCUUGGCCAACAUGGAUGAAGAUGUCCCUUCCUUUGUAUAGACCGUCGGGACCUCUUGCCAGGACCCCUCCUUCAGGAGCACGGCGGACACAUAUUUUGCAGAGGGCAGCAGGGAGGAUGUUUUACCAAUGGGCUGAAGCAUUAGGAACACGUUUGGAAGAAAUCCUAGAGGAGUCAGGUCCUACAGUAGAAGAAGUGGUGGCACCUGUCACUGACGCAGAGACUCGCCGUGCUCUGAGGGCCAACGAUGAAGAAGAGGACUUUCUGGAUGAAGUCAGUGUCAAUUCUGGAGGUGCAGAAUGUCCAACAGCCCUGAAAAUGGUGGCUGUGCAGCUGCUACUGGAGAUCACAGCAUUCUUGAGGGAAACCUACACUGGGUUGCCCAAAUCUGCAAGUUACAGGAUGUCAGUGCGUGGAGAGAGACCUGGCUGGGGAGGACCGGGCAUUGGUCUUGGAGGUGGGAAGGACCCCAACAGGAGGUGGUCCAUGGCCCUCUCUUCCAUGGGCUACUCACACGCAUCUGCACAGAGCCUCCAAAGCAUUGGAGACAGUCAUCCACCGGGAUUCACAGGAGAAAGGAAGAUAAGCUUUGCCUUUCAUGACCCAGACAAUGUUAGCCUUGGCAGCUCAAACACCACAGUCACGAGUGGCCAGUAUUACGAUGAUGAGAGGCGACGAGCUGCACAGGCAUGCCGGAGCCACUUCCAGAAGAAGGGUGGAAGCCACAACUCCUCUUUCAAGAGGCGAUCCUACAAACUGCACAGAAGGCCCAAGGACCCAGAUUCAGAAUCCAUGAAGCGUUCUGACAGUGUGAAAUCACGCAGGAAGGUGUCAGCAUUCAGUGAAAGGUCCGAUACUUCUGAACACCUUGAGCAAGAGGUAUCUGGUGAAGAAUCUCCAGGUGUUCUAAGCAACGAAGACUUACCUGACAGUCCCACUGAUGGAGAUAUUGACGAAGAAAGUCUCACUACCAACAUGCCUUGGCUGAAGGUUGUUGUUCGCUUGUCCACUCUAUACAACAUGACUUGCACACACCAGACUUUCUGUCAUCCACACUGCUACAGGAGGAACAUGAGGGCUUGCAGGAGACUGAUGCAUGCCUUGAGGAAGAUGUAUGGUGAAGAAUUUGAGGAGCAAGAGGAGGACAUGUCUUGUGUUGGCGAUAUAGCAAGAGAAACAAAAAAGGAAAAGAAGCAGUCAAGGAAAGCAUCAGAACAAGGAGGCGGAAGUCACGGGUCUCCGUUAAAGAGAAAAGAGAGCUUGGCUAGGCGUGACAAAGUUGAUCGCAGUGUUGAUAUUUCUGCAGUGUUAUCACGUUUAGGCCAUCAUCAAGGUUCAGCAGUCCAUCUCUCUAAAGAUACUAUUGACACUGAUGGUGAAGGAAAGGAAACUGCAAAAGACAGCAAUAAGGAAGAUGAAAAACGGAAGCCAAAGAAAGGAGACUCGCCAAUCAUUAGAUACAUGAAAACUCAGGUGAUGGGCCUAAGCCACAGCUCCUUGUCAGUGGUAUGUAAGGCAGCAGCUGUAAUGACAGAAGACCUGCUUUUGGAUGUUGUUCCUCAGGCAUGGGAGCAACUGCUAGAGCAUGACAAUGAGGUGACAGCAACAGCAGCUGUUGUUUUCAUUCUGGCUGGAGUAAGAGUUCCAGCUCAUGCCUCGGACAUCAUGACUCGGGAACUGACUCAUCCAGACCCAUGCACGAGACUCAAUGCUAUUCUAAGAUUCCAGGUUCUGUGGCAGUCCAGAUACCAGGCUUGGCCACGCAUGGAGGAGGGAGGGCAGAUGACAUUCAAAGUCCCUCCACAUGGCAUAGAGUUCACACUGCCGUCUCCCAAGAUUGGCGUUGAAUCGCUGCCAGUUGUUGACCCUCCCUGGAUGCCACACUUCAAGACUAACGUUGAUGAAGUUACAGUUAACCAGAUACAACAUAGGUCCUUCGUGACAGCUACAAGAACCAGACGCAAGUUGCAAGCUGAGAUGGUUCGUUCAGCUCUAGAAGCAGAGGAGAAGAAAAGGAGGACAGAACGAGAAAAUUUCUUGCUUACAACUGUUCCUGUAACCAUCCAGGCUGCUUAUGAACCUGCUCUGCAUCAUGUUUCUGCAGAUGACCAUGAGGAAGGAGAAGAGGCGGAGUCAGACGUUGGUCGAGGAGGCACACAUCAUGUGUCUGUAGCACAGCAGCUAUUUCCCUCCUGUCUCUGUUCAGCUGUGUUGACAAUCAUACAUCUACUCGAUGAUCCAGCAGUUACUGCUGAUGGUAUAGCUGUUUAUGAAGCUGCACAACAGGUCAUCUGGUCAUGCUUAGUGGAGGAUUCUGCACUGUUCCUCAGAUUUUUCUUAGAGAAACUAACAAGGGAACGACAAGAUGUUAUGAUAAGGCUUCUGCGGAGACUUGUGCGAUUCAUUCCACGUCUGCCAUCACAGGCUGCUUUUGCCUUGUACAAUUACAUGGUUGGCUAUGUCAUGUUCUACGUAAGAAGCCCACAGGAAGCCUCUCAGGACCACAUAGCAUCUGCUCUCUCUAUACUGUGGACAGUUGUGCCCAGUAUUCAAGGGAUAUUGUUUAAAGAUCUAAAGCAGAUCUUCAGGAAGGAGCAGUGUGAUUCGUCCCUACUUGUGACAGCAAAUGUUCCAUCAGCAAAGAAGAUUAUUGUGCAUGGGCCAGGAGGAGUUGAUGGAGGGGGCAUUCCAUCACAGUUUCCCAUUCAGGAAGACACACAGUUCUGCCAGAUUUUGCAGGAGAGUCUUGAUUUCUUUGGAAUAUCAGAAAGUGACCACAAAUAUUACUUCUUAGUCGACCACAAGACCAACCAGAUUCACAACCUGCAGUCAUACGUUCGAGACUUCUAUUUCUUUAAGCGGGCUCAGUAUCCACAGCUCUUAAUGGUCCACAUGGAGCCAGAAGCUGCUUACAAUGCCCUACAGAGGCAGGCAUUCACACUGAAGUUGCUGGAAAUUGGCAAGGUCCUCAUGGCCUGGUCUAUACUAAAGCGGUCAGACCAGGUUGCACAGAGAGUCUUUUUCCUCCAUGAAGAAUUAACAAAGCUGCCAUCCUUCCCAAGAAAGGCUCUGGAGGCAGACUUUAACCUCUACAAGGGAGGUGCCAUGGGAAAGGAGGUGCGAGGGCUUGACCAACUUCACAAGUACAUGUGGGUGCAGCUUGUGACCCGCAUGUUUGAAGGCAUGGCAGGAAAUCUGACCUACACCACAGACAUCCACCUGUUCCUGAAUGUAAUCAACGGGGCUUUGUUACUGCACUGUGAAGAUUCAUCAAUGUUGAGACUAUGUAUGGCCUCGUAUGUGAAUGCAGCGCAUCACUUUAAGAACCUUUUCUCUACAAGCGGGUACUUGCUCAUUAUGCCCACCAUUCUGCGAGUCUACAGCAACUACCAGAGCAACAAAAUGGCAGUGACUGUUGUGGAGUUUAUAGUAAAACAGCUAUAUAUUCUACAUCGCAAGCCUUUCAUUCUUCAGAUGUUAGGGUCUGUUGCUCCUAUACUGGACAUGGAUGAGACGGCUGUUUAUGGUGAUGCUAACAAAAUCCAGCCACGACGCCUGUUUGACCUGUUGCUGUCCCUAGAACGUCACCACGAAGACCCACUGAAUAUCCUGGAUCUCGUUACUGUUGAGAAGCCUCUCAGAGCCCUAGACUUCUGCUACCACGAGGAAUCAGACUCAGUGACAUUACUUGAGAUCGUUGACAUGUGUGUAACAGUUGUUGCAUACUCUGCUGAUUCCAAGAGAGGGCACCAGAUGCUGACAAUUUUAGAGGCAGUCUUAGGGAUGGUCUUAAGGCAUCUUCAGGCCACAGCAGGACGUGAUUUGCGUCAGGAAAAGGAAACAAUCCAUCAUGUUGCAAUUGCUAUGAAAACCCUGGUGACCAACAGUGAACCUUUGGCAAAGAACUACACUGGGCCUCAGAAAUCAGCAGGUGAAGGAAAAGGCUCAAGCAGAGUCACAUACUCAAAGGCAUCCAAGUGUUAUAACCCAGCCAUUGAGAUAGAUGAGGACUCGCACUCAAAGUACAUGAGUGACUCCAAAAGAUACCAGACCUAUGAAAGGGACAUUGAGGACUCAGAGGCACUCAGAUACGACUUUCGACAACCACGUGACACCUUACUACACGUUGUGGCAGAGUUCCUGACAACUUGCUCAACCAGACUGGGUGAGAUUAACAAAAAGGCUGGCCAAGAGAGCAAGCAUUCAGACUUAUUAGAUACCAAGUGCCAUUUGCGACUGGCAGAAGUAGCACAUAGUCUUCUAAAGGUGGCCCCAUAUGACCCAGCUACCAUGGGAUGUCGUGGACUCCAGAGAUACAUGAAUGAGAUCCUUCCACACCCUGACUGGUCCCAUGAGGACCUCCGACCUGCCUUGGUUAACAUUCUCCGUAGACUCGACAAGAUGUUUAACAAGAUUGCAAAGAAGAAUUCUAUUAGGCGUUUGAUUGACUGGGGAGCUGCAGCAAGUCUCCUAAAGGGUGUUUAUACUACGCUGUCUAAGUAUCCCUACAUUGCACAUCUACCAAACCUCAAGAUGGUUCUUCAAGUGUGUCAGUCACUCAUUCUGGGAGAACGCAUAGGAGACAUGGAAGGCCAUAGCGUUGCUGCAUGGACACAGACACCACCUCCACACUUCUGCUCAAUGGUAGUUAAGAUUAUUGCAAUGCAGAUACUCGCUCUUGGGGUGACCUAUUCUCUGGAGCAAAUUUGUGGUGGUUCCUCGCUCUUUCCAACACCAGACAAGACAGAAAACAUGAUCAUGAACCUUCUCUUGCCACUUUGCUUGAGGGUUGGCUGUGGACGUAAAGAUGCACCUCGAAUGCGACAGGCCGACAUUAGCUUUGCCCUAACGGUAAUUCUGCAUGCUAUGAAUCCCCCACUUGCCAAAAUAGCCCCUCUACACGGCACACAAGCCAAGACGACUCCAGGUCCCGACCCCAGAUCCCAGUCCUGGUCUCAUCAACAGCUGGACCCACGCGCUUUGCCUAAAGUGAAACCAACCAUCCUUCGCAUAGCCUUUCUUGGAUUAAAAGUAAUGAUGGUCUGCUUCGAAAAGCAGCUGUCCCAAGAUUGGCAUCGGAUUUUGCACUGCCUGAAGGACAUGGAUAUUCGAGGGGAAGGAGGCCUUGCUCUCUGGGACUUCUUGGACUUUGUAGUUUCCUUGAGGACUCCACUUUUCAUCCAGAUGCGUCCUUUCAUUCUGACUAAGCUCCGCCAGCAGUGUGCAGAUGAUGGCAGUGAACAGUAUCAGAUGAUAAUUCGUGACCGUGUUCAUGGCUGGUCACUCCCUCCACCACGGUGUAGAGGCUCAAUCCUUCUUGAUCUUGCACAUCAGGUCAAACAGCUCAAAGAGGAGGUCAUCAAUGCAAAGAUAUCAGGAGAGUUGGACAUGCGACCAUCAGCACUUGAAAUUCAAAGUGAAGUGUCUCACGUAUCUAGGCGACCGCGCCUGUCUUAUGCAGGGCCUCUCUCUGAGUGCCCGACUAGACCCCUUACAUCACCUCCUCUCAGGUCAAAGGGCUCGGUGUCCAGUAGCAGCACCGGCGGUUCCUUUGCACUCCACCGCGAUCUGUCCGUUCGUUCCGAGCCACGUAAUGAACCCCCUCCUUCCAACGAGUCCCAGCACCCCCACCUCUCGGCCUCAGCAGCCCCCCGAAGGACAUCUUAUGCUGGGGAGACCCACAAUGCACGCAAAGGCUCCUUGCGGCCCUCCCCGCACGUCACUUCCUCUGAGCCCCGUCUCUACCGCAAGACCUUUCUGCUCCGCAAACGAGGCUCAAAGCCCAACCUCCAAACGGGCAGUGCCCCAGUCAUGCAAGGUGAGGAUAGUAGUCUCUCAACUCCAACAAGCCCAGGAGAAGGCAGCACUACUGUUCCCCCAGGCCAAGAAGCAGCCAGCGGUGUUUCAGGAAGCCAGGAGAGUGUGCGUAGUGGAGGAAGGCACAGGUUGCAGAGGCAGAUGGCCCAGUCACGCAAAACCUUCAGGUUCCGCAAGAGCAAACAUGGGCAUGUGGAGACCCAAGAACGGCAGCCACAAGUGGCUCACAUUGAAGUGGAACCAACACGCUUGCCGUCACCCAUGAGUGGAGGCCAAAUGGUGGUAGGCGAAGAUCCUCCAGCCCUAAGGGAGCUCUCUGUUCCUCUCAUGGCUGAAGAAGAGUUCAGUCAUCAAACAACAAAAAGGGAAAGAACAAGGCCAAGCACAAUACAGUCAGAGCAAGAGAGUGUGAGUGAGAUCAGCUACAUGGAGACAUCAACCAUGUCAGGUUAUCGAGAGAGUUUUGGAGGCUUCGAUCUCAGCCUUCAGGAGCUGGAGAGGCUUGAGAUGCAGGUCCGAACAGGGAAGUACAAGGAGCCUCUGACAAGCUCAGCCACAGCCUCCCCUCAAAAGAUCUCAGUUGCCGAGACUCGUUUUAAUGAAGUGUCACCUCACAAAACCACAAUGAGCCGUGACAUGCACAGCAUCAGUCCAGAACCUCUGACUGCACUUGUUCCACCCCCUUCACCAUGGGGUCGCAAAUCACACUCAGAAUCGGUUGGAAAGUCAUCUGACAUAACCAGAUCCACACCAGCUCAUGCCCAUUACACCCAGCCAUCCCAUUACCCUCAUUCUCCAACCUCUUUACAUUCCACUUCCAAAGCAGACAGUCAACAUCAUGGAACACUAAGUCCUACCUAUAAGCCACAUACACCCCACAAAUGCUCCCCCCAGCCUGCUCUUUCUACCCCUCAACCUCCUUGCUUUGUCCACCAUGUACCACAUUCCUCACAUCAUGUCCACGUAGUUGAGCCAAGCCAUUCCAAGCAUCAGAUGCAUUCUGGACACUCCCAGCAUGCCCACACUGGGCAUUUACAUAGUCAUGGCACCCAUCACCAUCAUCAUCAUCAUGUCCAGUUUGCCCCAACUCCUCAUAUUUUCACUUCCACACCACAAGUCUCACAGCAUACAGCUUCCAGUUUCCCAGUGUGUCAUAUACAUGACUCUCCCUCACCUCAGCACACUCACUCUGCACACCAUUUUGGGCAAGCUUCAGAAGGGAGCAGAUCAGGCCAGAGUGCACAGCUCCGACAGCACCACGCCCAUGCAGCAAGACCUAUUCUCCAUGAGCACACCCAUUCUCAUCACUCAAGUCGUGAUUCAUGCUCACUCCAUCCAGCCCAUUCAAUCCAGGUUGCACCAUCUGUGCAGACUGCACAAUCGUCUCAGGUGGUACAGCACUCUCACCCAACCGUCUGGAGGCAUUCAUGGACAGAAGGAGAGGCCAAAGAGCAAAGAGUGUGGAGCGGACAUGAAGCUGUGGGACUCCCCAGUCAGGGACGUGAGGCUCAUGGCUGGGACAUGCACCCAGAAGGAAGGCCAGAUGAGAACCUUAGUGGCGGCGAAUUAACUUCGUUACUGAGACGUCUUGAUCGGAGGAGCCCAUCAGAGCAGUCAUUACUUGUCGCAUUCAGUGAGAGGGAUGAGGAUACACUCAUUUAAACAUGAGUUCAAAGAAGAAGAAAAGACUAAAACAGAAAAUUUGACAAAAUAAAAACAGAAGGUACAAGACAUCAGAUACAUAUCUUACUAAAGAAUAAAUUAAUAGUUUCACUUUUUUGAAGGGAAAGUAAAGAAAUGGGAAAAGGUAGAAUUAUUUGAAAAUUAUAUGAGCUUUCACCAGUUUAUUUGCUAAUUUUUUCAUUUAUAUAUUUUGUAAAAAUCAAUCACAACAUUCAAAACUUUAUAUAAAUAAUUAUGUUAUUAGAGAGUUUACUGAUGUUUACAGUAUAAUAGAUGAUAUCUUCAGAAGAACAGUCAUACCCUUAAAGUGGUUACCAUUAGUAUAUUUCCCUAUUAAUACUAUGAUUUUAUUACUGUUCGUUGCUUCCCCAGUCUUAUAAAUUGCAGAUAUAGAACUAUAUUUCUAGACUAUAAUAGGAGAAUAUAUAUUCUAUUAACAAAAUUUUUCAGAGUUUAUGAAAGACAUAGAUAUGAUCUAUAUUAAUAUGUGUUAAAAAUUAAUGAAUGUUACUAUAUUCAUAGAGCAUAACCAGUAAAAAAUAGUUAAACUGAAAACAGUAUUAAUUAUAUUAGCUAUAAAGGUUAAUAUCUAGCACUGUAGAUACACACUGUCCAAAGAACUAUACUGGGCAGUUUUCUGUGAGAUAUAUACAUGUAUGCAGUAUAUACAUACAUUAAUAUGUACAGUCAUUUUAAUUUAUAUUGUUAUUUAUCAGAGAAUAUUCAGGUUCAUGUCUGAUGUACUAGUUUUAUUAUUAUAUAUUGUAUAUCAUAUAAUUUAUUGCAUAUUGUAUAAUUUAUUGUAUAUUAUAUAAUUUGUUUACCAUAAUCAGGAAUGAUGAAAGGAAUCUUCCACUUUAUUUUACACAUAUUAUAUAAUUGAAAAUAUUUUAUAAUGUAUUUAUCUUCUGUUUUUCCUAUCAAACUGCUGUUCCUAUAUGCCUGUUUUGCUGAUGAAAGUUGUUGGAGAGUAAGCACAAUAAUAUAUAAUGCAUUACA